AAAUCUGUGCCCAAUAUAUAUCUGACGGUUCAGUCAUUCAUACUAUGGUUAAAAGAGGUUGUAAGCGGAGUAGUAAUCAAACGAUCGCAUCAAUGGCUCAAUCAGACGAAUUUAUGGAGAAAUUUGACCAAAUGAUGGCCAAUAUCUUCGCCGACGACAAGAAGACCAUGACUCAGGAGGAGUACAUGUCGUUCUACAGCCUGAUACACGACAAGUGUACAAACAUGAGGAGUGAUAGCAACGGUCACCGCUCGAGUCAGAACCACAACUCAAACAUCAAGGAAGUGGUCUAUAAAAAGAUCCACAACUUCUUCAAAAGUCACAUCGAGAAGAAGCGACAGCGGUGCAAUGAAUACCCCGACGAAGAGUCACUGUUGGACUUCUAUACCCAACAGUGGGAAGACUACAAGUUCUCGAGCAAAGUGUUGGACGGCGUUUGCAAUUAUAUCAACCGCUUCUACUGUUCCUCUAAUAACGAUAAAAAUAUACCGACCAUUAAUGUGUUGGCCAAAUUGGAGUGGAAGGACAGUCUUCUGCAUGAUUUCGGUCGAAAGGUAUGCAAAUCAGUGCUCAAACUGAUCGAAAAGGACAGGAAUGGCGAGAACAUCAACACACGACUCGUUAGCGNCAAAUCAGUGCUCAAACUGAUCGAAAAGGACAGGAAUGGCGAGAACAUCAACACACGACUCGUUAGCGGUGUUGUCGACUGUUUCGUCGAGUUAUCACAGAUCGGUCGCGACUCCGAUGAGGACACCAACAAAGUGUUCGAAGAGUCUUUCCAGAAGCCAUUCAUUGAACAAACGCUGGAGUUCUACACCAAUGAAAGCAAUGCCUUUUUAGAGCAAAACUGUUUCACUGAUUAUAUGUAUCGGUAGUUGGCAGUGCUUUACAAACUGGUGAUUCGCGUCAGUUCAGCCAUUGAACAGUUGUGUCUAUUCUUCAAAGAGCACAUCACCAAAGAUGGCAACGACGCCAUCGAGAAUAUCAUUGACAGAGCGCCCGACGAUCCCAUUCUCUUUGUGGACACCAUUUGGAAAGUCUACGAUAAAUACCGGACACUAUUGGAUAAAGCACUUCAAUCGGACGGAGCCUUCUAUAAGUCAUUGGAUUCCGCGUUAAUGGAUUUCGUGAACAAAAACAAAGUAACGGAAACGUCUCCCAUAAUGUCGAAGAAAACACCCGAACUGUUAGCCAAAUAUUGCGAUAUGUUAUUGAAAAACAAAGUGAAACAAAUGGAUCCGACAGAACUGGAGGAGAAACUAUCUCAAGCCGUGAUUAUAUUCCGGUUCAUC